UACUUAAGCCUUGUCUGUGAUUACGUCUAAAAAAUAGAGACAGUUGCAUGCAGCAAAUAUGCAGAACAAAUCACAGCGUGCGCGGAAGAGGGGGCGCGUCCCCGCUGCACUCCAUGCGGAACUCACAGAACACGCCAUGUUAAUCAAGACGAUCCGCACAAAUCACAUCCUCAAUCUCACUCGCCAAUUAUACAGCCAUGGUAACGCUCAACGCAGUGUCGAUCUUGAAAAUGCCCGUCAAGGCAAGGGAAAGCCAAAAUCAAGAGAUACUUGGACUACCUGGCCUUUGAUAGAUUGCUCCAUUCCGGAAUGGCGGGUUGAAGACGAAGUUAAAUCUAUUGCCGAAACGGUCGCUCAUCAGCUCAAAACUAAGUGUCGAUCUCGAGGACAUGGCAUCUACAAAUCGGAAUCUCAUGAUGAUACGGAGGAAGCUGACGACGAGGAAUUGGAUCCUUUGUCACCAAGUCUCUUCCAAGCCCUGGUCUGGCAAGCCACCAAGGUCCUGGUAUGCGUUCUGGACUCCAUUCUCGAACAGCGGCCAGCUGUAGCAGAUAGUAUGCAAAAUAGGAUGUGGGCAUUUAAUUGGGAAGGGGUCCUUAGAGUCUUAAUAUCGGGCAUGACUCUAGACAGAUCCGUCGUCUCUGCAGCACACAAGCGCCUGUCUUCAAUAUAUGGCCCAUCCACGGCUCUUGAUAUCGGUAUUUAAUAUUUCUCAAGUUUCUCUCCGGUUUCAUAUUGACCACCGCCCGUCAGCUUUGUCAAGAAUUGGGCGCAUUGAAUCUCGUACAUCCAUUUUGGCUGAAUUCUCAGAAAGGCACGAGGACGCCUUUCUUCAGCAACCCACUGUGCGUAUACGAAGGCCACCAAAGAAACGACGCCGGGUUUUGACUAAGGCAGUGGUUGAGACUGAUACAGAGUAGUAAUAUGUUUUACCGGGGACCAGCUGCUAUACGCAAGCUGUGCGUAGAUUGACAGGAUAUUCUGGUCGGGCUUUAAUUUACCAU